CUGUCAUAAUCCCUCGAUCCGACCCGAGUCUCCUCUCUCCCUCUCGUUCGUGGCGAUGACUUCGACACCUUCUUCCUCGAUCCCGCGGGGCCAGGUGGAUCUCGUUGAAUUCGUGGACUGGAGCGGCGUCGAGUGCCUCAACCAGACAACGAGUCACCCGAUCGUCAAUGCCUUGAAGCAGGGUUCCAGGGAUGACGAUGGUUUGCAUCUGGAGAGCGACGCGGAUGAGCAGCUCUUGAUUUACGUUCCUUUUCUCCAAGUCAUAAAGCUUCAUUCGGUUGUCAUCGUGGGACCGGAAGAGGAAGGUCCCAAGACAGUAAAACUCUUUGCAAACAAAGAGCACAUGGGCUUCAGUAAUGUUAAUGACUAUCCACCUAGUGAUUCCAUUGAUUUGUCACUUGACAAUCUUAAGGGGAUGCCUGUUACGGUCAAGUAUGUCAAGUUUCAAAAUAUUCGCAGCUUAACGAUUUUUAUUGAGGACAACCAAGGUGGUAGUGAUGUCACAAAAGUUCAGAAGAUUGCUUUUCUGGGAACAACGGUUGAUACCACAAACAUGAAAGAUUUGAAAAAGAUAGAAGAGCACUAAUACAUCUUACCGUUUCGCUUGAGGUGAGAUGUGAUUCCUCUUUUUCACCUGCAGUAUACAUCUAACAGAUGGAAUGAAGCUCUCCUAUGUAGCUUCUGCCGAAUGCUUCUUGUACUGCUUAUACGACGUUACUUGUUUUCUCCUUUAAUGAGAGUUGUUGAGGUGCAUUUUCUCAGAUUCCAUUU